UCAGCAACGGAUCAGCAGCGGCUCUAUAUCACCUCCACCUGCUGAAAGGAAGAUGUCCAAAACAAAAGCUUCUUCUGGGUCAGGUUCACAGGACGCUGGCGAGGCUAAGAAGAAAAAAUGUGAUCGGAAAACAGGUUCAGAUCCAGAAGAAUGUGACGUUACCAUUCUGCUCAUUGGUAAAACUGGAACUGGCAAGAGCUCUGCAGGAAACGUCAUUAUAAACGCUAAUCACUUUGCAGUUGGGCAGAACACGCUGGUGUGUGAGAAGGGAUUUCAUAACUUCCCUGAUGGCCGUAGACUGGUAGUGAUUGAUACUCCAGGUCUGUUUGACACCAAAUUGACCCCUCAGGAGAUGAAGAGACAGCUGGCUAGGUGUCUCUCAUUGUGUGCUCCUGGUCCUCAUGUGUUCCUGAUUGUGAUCGAGUCAACAAGUUUCUCACAAAAAGAAGAAGACUUGGUGGAAAUCAUCAGGAAGAUUUUUGGAGAAAGAGCACCUAGAUAUGCCAUGCUCUUGUUCACUCAUGGAGAUCAAAUGCCUAUAGGUCCAAACGGACAACCAAUUCUGCAUCUUACCCCACCUUUAAAUGAUUUUGUCAGCGAAUGUCGGGGAGGUUAUCAUAUUUUUAACAACAAUAUUGGGAACAGAACUCAAGUUAAAGAGCUGGUGGAGAAGAUUGACAGUAUGGUUCAGAGAAAUGGAGGCAGCCGCUUCACAAAUGAUUUGUUCAGAGAAGCCCAGAGAGCCAUUAGAGAGGAGGCUGGAGGAAAUAGAGGUCCAGCAGAGAGAAACAACUCGCUUAUUCGAGCUGUUGACCAAGCUGCCAUUGCUGAAGCUGCAGCUGAGGUGGGAGAGGCAGUGAAUAGAGGCAGGUCAGUGAGAGACAACUGGUGCGUAAUCAUCUGAUUAAAAACACUGCAAAUAACCACAAUGAGGAUGAAAGACCCCAUUUAACCAUCUGACAUAAUUAGUUGUUAAUGAAUAGUUAUUAAUCAUAUAUGAAUGUGAUUUGUUAUUUGAAGACAAUGAUUAACAACUGCAUGUUUCUGAUUUGCAUAUUUUAAUUUAGCGAAUAAAUUUGUUUUUUUUAUUUAUUUAUUUUAGUUUGUUGUCAAAAAUGAAUUCAAAAGAUGUUUUUAAUUACUAAUAACUACAAAGUUAUUUGGAUUAUGUUCUUUACCUUGUGUUCAUAAUAAAUAUUUAAGCACUUC